GCCACGUGCAGGUCUUCAGGGGAGGAGCCGAAGCAGCCCUCGGUGGAGGCGGCAAAGUAACGUGCCCGGAGAGGGGGAGGGCGGACCCAAUACUCUGCUGUCCAAUCAGUGCUGGACCGCCCCGGAGCCCUUCGGGAGUAGCGGUUGGGAGAGCUGAUGAGCUUGUCUUUAGUUUUCCAAAGCUGAGCGGGGAUCUCCUCGGCUUCUGCCGAGCUGGGAGAGGAAGCGUCGUCCCGCGAUUGCUGCAGAUUCCAUCUUGCUGCUGCCGCCGCUACUUUAGAACUUUCUGCUCGUCAGCUCCGGUGAUCGACCUGGUCCUUUCCUUGCCUGUCCUACGCCCUGAGCUUUCCUCCCGCGGCUUUGCCUGGUGUCAUCUCAUUCCGCGCUCCUGAGCCGUUGCUGCUGCUUCGCCUGCUUUGGAUCCCGCUCUCCGGGGCACCCCACUCCCUUCGUACGGUACAGGUGGCUGUUUCUCGGCCGCAUGAAGGGAAGCGGGCGCUUCGUUGUCCCCGCCUCCGGUAGGCAAUUUCACCGCUGAAAUAAAGGCAGAGAGGAGAGGAAGAGUGAUGUGAAUUGGGCGAUCGAGUCCCUUCGCUUCCCUCCAGCGGAGCUACUAGAUAAUCCCGGCGCUUCCUCGCCGCGCCACAGGCCCUGGAUGUAGAAAAUAAACUUACAAAGUGCAGAAAUGCUUGGACCUAUUUUCAAAUGGGAAUUUGGAUUUACUUCAGAAUAUCCUCAUUGAUUAUUCUGUCUAACUGCAAUAAAAACCUGGAAAAAUCACCAAGGAUGAGGUUCUGUGCCAAAUCAAUGCUUCUAUCUCAGUGGCUGUUCCUGGCAUAUGUGUUAAUGGUGUGCUGUAAAUUGUUGUCCGCUACCAGCCACCAUCCCCGGGGGCACCCAGGCCACCACCAAGUUAAGCAAGGGACAUGCGAAGUGGUUGCGGUGCAUCGGUGUUGCAACAAGAACAGGAUCGAAGAGCGCUCACAAACGGUCAAGUGUUCUUGCCUCCCUGGGCAGGUUGCUGGCACAACAAGAGCACAGCCCUCCUGUGUUGAAGCUGCCAUUGUCAUCCAGAAGUGGUGGUGUCAUAUGAGUCCUUGCCUGGAUGGAGAAGAAUGUAAAGUGCUUCCAGAUUACUCAGGUUGGUCGUGUAGCACUGGAAACAAGGUCAAAACUACCAAGGUGACACGGUAGCAGAGCAUAAACAGAUGUCAAAGUUGGAUGUACAGCUGCAUUCUUGACUGUUUUACAGAGACAUUUAUUUUGUGAGAAAAGUAUCAAGUUCAAACUGUUCAACUUAAUGGGCAAGUUGAACUUUUCAACUUCGUAGGCAAGAACUGAAGUAGUAGUACUCCUUUUUGACUAAUGACAACACUUCUCAAAUCACAACUUUCUUAUACAGAACUAUACAUUUUUAGCACAAGAACUAUGAGUCUACAUUCAUGCUCAAGAAGAACAAUUAAAACACCUUCUAAUGUGUAUCAUGUAAAGGACUUUACUUAAGGCAUUAUAAAUCCUGAAAGCUUGAUUCAAAUAAAUUGGAAGAAAUGGUGAAGUUAACAACCAGGAAUAAUUCAGACAGCCUCCUCAUCAUAAAACCAUGAAAAAGAUAGGAAAGACAGUCGAAUUAUUGUUAGAAAAUCCACUUCAAUAUAUUUUUACGUAGAUCUACUAAGUACCAACGAAGUAGGGAAGUAAAUAAUGCUUACUCAAUAAUUAGUCCUUGCCAUUCUUUAUGUUCUAUUACAUUCUGUGCAAUUAUGUUUAUUUCCAUUUGUACAGUAUUAAGGAGAGUAGUGAGGAUGUUUAUUACAAAAUUAGAUAGAUUUUAGUGGACCAAAUAACUCCAUCCAUCUGGGAAACAGCAAAGUACAAAACUGUAUUGCCUCUUUACUUCCAGAAAUUGGAAGGGUGCGGGGAAGCGAAUAACAAGGCAUUUUCAUUCAGGUUAGGAACUUCCAGAUGACAGCUUCUCAUUCUCCAAGUUAUGAUUGUGAAAAGUGUUUUGGGAGAGGUAGGUACCUUUUUAACACGAGAUAGUCACAUUUAGAAGAGAGCCAGACAAAUGGCUUACAUCAUAGGUCAUCUCCACACUGGUCCCUGUUGACUUUCUGGAAUGGUGGGGAACCAUAGGCUAAAGCAGGGGUAGGUAACAUUGGCUCUCCAGCUCUUGUUGAACUACAAAUCCCAUCCAUUGAACUACAACUCCAAACUGUUGUUGAACCACAACUCCCAUGAUUCCCAGCCACAAUGAAUUGUGGCUGGGGAUGAUGGAAGUUGUAGUUCAACAACACUUAGAAAGCCAAUGUUGCCUACCUUGGGCUAAAGCAAUCUCCACAUCUGGAGAACAGAAGUCAAAGGUCCUAAAACUGCACUCCUCAUAAGUAAACUUGGAGCCUUAUUUAAAAUAAAAUUUAUUGCCAGCAGUACUAGUGCAGCAACUUGCAUAGGGCAAGGGGGCAUUGUACCGCAAGACAUAUACCAAUGCUUAACUGCAGCAUAUCUAGCAUUUCAUAGAUGGCCCCAGGACAACAGGAAAGUCUAUGGGAUGUGGUGUAAGUAUCUUCAUUUCUGUACUAAGUUAGAAUGGUUUGUAUGGGUGCCUUGCUGCACCUAGUGAUGAUGGUGAUUCUUCAGAGAAGUUCUGACUUCCCUUGCCAAUGCUGUAAUGCACACUGUGGUCCUAAGACUUAUUUGCUGGCACAAAGGGAUUUAGAAUUAAGUUGUCGGUAUGGCACCUAGAAAGAUUAGAGGAAGAAAGUUGUUUUGUCUGAAUUUUUUUGGUCUGAUGGCAUCCUGUUAGGUGGUAGUCUAUUUAACACUCAUAAGCAAAGUUCUAGCUACAAAGAGGAUCUUCACUUUCAGUUAGAUGCUAUUUAUAAUUAUUAUGAUAAUUACGCGUCCAAUUCUUUGACAGGCCACAUUUUCUAGUUCAUACAAUUUAUGACAUGUAAUUGUUUCCUAUUAUUUUAGUUGUAUCUCAUUCCGGUUUCUAUCAUUCCCUAAGUGUUACAUGCUUUUGUAUUCUCAUCAGCCUGCAUAAAUGGAACUGUAAAGGGAAGUGAAUUUAUAGCCCGUCUGUUCCUGGUUGCAUCAUUUGACUAUAAGAUACAUUGGAACAUAUUCAAAUGCAGCGAUGCACACUCAUCUCUCUGCAGAUGAACUGUCAUUGACCCAAGAAUUGCUAUGCUUUAUGUAAAUUUUACUGUGUUAACGUACAACCAAUUUUUGUAGAUCCAGAAAUGCCAAAAACAUGGAGACGCUGUUGCACUAAUUUACUUAAUUGUGCCCAGGAUUUUCUCGCUACAAUGUGAAGCUGUCUAGAAUAAUAGUCAUUUCUGGCUUUUAUUUUUUGUGGGGAACAUCUUGAAAUAUUCAUGCAACAUUCGUUGUGUUAGACCUUCAUGGAAGUCCCCCCUCCCACCCCUUCUUCAACCAGCAAGGUUUAUUCUCCUUGAAAUGAAUUCCCAUUUUUUUGCUUCAGAUUCUUAGUUUUAAUCCAGCUUUAAGUUUGUCUCUAAUAAUAAUUGGGGUGAUUAUCUAUUACUGUAUUUGUUAAUUAGUAAAUGAGGUUUUUUUCCCCCUGA